AUGGAGCAAGAUCAGAGCGCAGCUGUCGGCAGCGCGGACUCUGGUGCCGCGGCUUUUGAUUUUGCGACUGGCAAUCCACCUGGCUCGGCUGUGACCGGCGGAAGCGCCGUGGCCCCCGACGGUGGAGCUCAGGCAGCUGAUGCCUCUGCCUACCAGGCCGAGCACACGGCGUUGAAUGGGACGGCUGGCGAUAUGGCUAAUUACCAAACAGGAGCUGCAGAGAACGGCGAAGCCGUCACCAACGAGAUGGGCGAGCCGGUUCCUGAGCCAUCCUACGAGGAAGCUGUGCUUUCAGCAGAAGAGGCUAGAUUAUGGAGUGUUGUUACUGCGAAUUCCUUAGAUUUUAAUGCCUGGACCACACUUAUUGAGGAAACAGAGAAAAAUGCUGAGAACAAUAUUUUGAAGAUACGGAAAGUGUAUGAUUCGUUUCUUGCGGAAUUCCCUCUUUGCUUUGGGUAUUGGAAGAAAUAUGCUGAUCAUGAAGCGAGACUUGAUGGCGUCAGUAAAGUUAUAGAGGUGUAUGAACGAGCAGUUCUUGCAGUUACUUAUUCAGUGGACAUUUGGUAUAACUAUUGUCAGUUCGCAAUUUCAACAUAUGAUGACCCAGAUAUCAUCCGAAGACUGUUUGAACGUGGCUUGGCUUACGUUGGAACAGAUUAUCGUUCCAAUAUUUUGUGGGAUGAGUAUAUUAAGUAUGAAGAGUCACUGGAGGCUUGGAGUCAUCUAGCUGUUAUAUAUACAAGAGUAUUGGAGCAUCCCAUCCAGCAGCUUGAUCGGUAUUUUAAUUGCCUCAAGGAAUUGGCUUCGAAGCACAGUUUUCCAGAAAUACUUACUGCAGAAGAAGCCUCGGUGUAUGUUGUCACGUCUGAGGCCAGUGCUCAAGCGCCUGAUGGUGAGGCACAUCCUGAUGAUGUCGAUAAGCCUGGUCAACCAGAAAUUUCAUCUUCAACAGACGCAGAGAACCUUGCAAAGUAUGUCUCCAUGAGGGAAGUGAUGUACAAGAAGGCUAAAGAGUAUGAAUCUAAGAUCAUUGGUUUUGAGCUAGCUAUUAGAAGGCCAUAUUUUCACGUCAAGCCUCUUGACAAUCCAGAGCUUGAAAAUUGGCAUAACUACCUUGACUUUAUCGAGAAGGAAGAAGACAUUAAUGAGGUUAUCAAAUUGUAUGAAAGGUGUGUAAUUGCAUGUGCUAAUUAUUCAGAAUUCUGGAUCCGCUAUGUGCAAUGUAUGGAGGAUAAAGGGAGUCUAGACCUAGCAAACAAUGCCCUGGCUCGUGCUACUCAUGUGUUUGUCAAGAAGCAGCCAGAGAUCCAUCUGUUUAGUGCGCGCUUUAAGGAGCUUAAUGGGGAUAUUUCUGGUGCACGUGCAGAAUAUCAGCAUCUUUACUCAGAUUUAUGUCCUGGCUUUCUAGAGGCCAUUGUGAAGCAUUCUAAUAUGGAACACCGACUGGGAGAGAGAGAAUUAUCCUGCACAGUUUAUGAAAAGGCCAUCGCUGCUGAGAAGGGAAAGGAACAGAGCCAGCUCUUGCCAACAUUGCUUAUUCAGUACUCCCGUUUCUUAUUUUUGGCCGUCCGAGACUUGGAGAAGGCGAGGGAGAUAUUAAAUGUGCUGCAUGAGCAGUUAAAUGUAACAAAGCCAGUGCUUGAGGCUGUCAUCCAUCUAGAGUCAAUUUUUCCAUGCGAAAAGCGUAUUGAAUUUUUAGACUCACUUGUGGAGAAGUUUGUUACACCUGAAUCAUCUCAGGGAGAGGUGGCAAGUCUAGUUGACAAAGAAGAAAUGUCUUCCAUUUUUUUAGAGUUUUUGGAUCUCUUUGGGGAUGCGAAGUCAAUCAAGAAGGCUUUAACUCGGCAUACAACUCUCUUUUCAUGUAAGAGAAGCAUUCUGCCAUCAAAGAAACGGAAAGCAGAUGAUGCUGUUGUGUCAGACAGGGACAAAUUUGCUAAAACUGGGGCUGCACAGUCAGCCACGGGAACUGAUCCAAAUGCUUCCAAUCCUCCUGUUUGGCCUGCAACUUCUGAAGCAUCUGGGCAGCAAUGGGGAGCUUCUUAUGCACAGCAGGCUGCAUAUCCUGCUUAUGGAACUUAUGACUACAGCCAUCAAAUGUCUCAGCCUGCUCCUCAAGCAGCUGCCUAUGGUGCUUAUCCUCCAACAUACUCUGCUCAGGCCUAUACACAACAAAGCUACGCACAACCUGCAGCAAUUCCAGCAGCACCAGUGCCAGCAGUGGUACCAGCAGCUACACCGGCAUCAGCUUACCCUCAGCAGCCUGCGGCAGCUCCUCAACCUUAUUAUGGCACAACCUACUACUGA